ACCUCUAUAUAAGCUACUUUCCUUUGAUCAUCUCUGCAUAAAAACAUUAAGCAUUGUUUUCUCUGUUUGCCAUUUGCCUUAAUCAUCUUCCUCUUUCUUUAAAACCUCUUCCUAUUUAAUUUCCGACUAAACUUGCGCUGAAUUCCAUGGCUACUGCAGAGGUUGUAUCAGCUCAGACUGCAAUCCAUGAGGAGAAACCUGAAGAAGUGGUCAAGGUUGGAGAAAUUGCAACAGAAGAGGUACCGGCUGUUGCUCCUGCAGCAGAACCUGUUGCUGAAGAACCAAAGGAAGCAGUGCCUGAAGCAGCAUUCGGAGAACCCCAGGCUCCAGAAACUGACGCCACAGUUGAAACUGAAUCAAAGGAGGUGAUUAAAGAGCCCAAGGCUGUGACUGAGGAGCCAGAAGUUGAGAAAAAAGAAGAAGAGACUCCUAAGGAAACGGUAGCAGAGCCAGUUGCCGAGGAGUCCAAGGAGUCCAAGGAGACUUCUGAGCCAACAGUUGAAGAAACCAAAGAAAGCACAGAGUCUACAGAAGCAGCAGCAGCAGCAGCAGCAGAAGUAAAAGCAGAAGCCGAAGCCGCCCCAGUGGAAGCACCCAAAGAGGAAGCUGCAAAGGAAGAAGAGAAACCAGCUGAAGCUCAAGCUGAGAAUACUACUACCGAGUAAAUAAGCUUGUAAGAUGGGGAAUCAAUGGAAGCUUGUGUAGUGGGCUUACUGUUAGCUAAGUUUGCAUGUUGAAAUCAAUUAGUUUCAAUUCUAGUUGAAUAAGGAUGUGAUAGUAUUAAGGUGGAUGAGGCUUGGGACUGGGGCAUGGAAAUGACCCACCAAUGAUAGCUUGCCUAUUGGCUAAACUAACAUGCAAUUGGCAUAUGGCAGGGAGAGAGAGUUUAGAGAAGGUUCAAGCAGGCAUUUUGGGGGGGGGAGGCAUUUUUCAUGUUCAAUCUGUUCUCUGUAAUGGGUGGUUCCUGGGUCCCAAGCAGGUCGUUUAAAUUUAGUGUUUGUGCUUGUAUGUUUUUAUUAGAAGAGGCAGUUUGCAUGUUGUCUUUUACAAGUAAUAAUAAUAAAUCAUAGUGCGUUUGUUUAA